CAUCGUCAGCAUCAGCAGCGAGAAAGCGAGCGCCAGAGUGAUGGGACCCGUGUGAAGUACCAGCCACACCGCGUCACUCUCCAGGCAGGUCAGGACAGGCGUGAAGGAUGGCGUCCUGCUCUGAGAUCUGUGGCUCCGAGUACCAGAGUGCGUCCGCGGCGAACGGCGGGCAUCAGUAUGGCGUGCGCUCCUACCUGCACCAGUUCUACGAGGAGUGUGCCGGCUCGCUGUGGGACCGGGAGGCCGACUUUCAGACCCAGAGAUCGCCCAGCCGGUGGAGCUCUGUCCUCUGGAAGGUCUGUGUGAUUCUCGGCGGCAUGCUGAUGCUGGCCGGCCUGGUGGUGCUGUUUGUGGGCUACGCCACCAAGCCGCGCAUCGAGGCCUUCGGCGAGGACGAGCUGCUGUUCGUGGACGAGCGCGCCGUGCACUUCAACCGCGCGCUGGACGCCUGCAAGCUGGCGGGCGCCGUCCUCUUCUGCGUGGGGGGCGCCGGCAUGGCGCUGGGCCUGCUGCUGGCCGUCUUCACCCAGGCCAGCGUCUCCAAGGAGGAGCAGCAGCUCCAGCAGCGCUUCAGGGACCGGCUGGCCGAGCUCCAGUCCGCCAUCCACCCCGUCACGCGGGCGCCAGGGGCCGGCUCCACCUCCAGCACCGGGGCUGUCGCUGCUCCGACGCCCGGUGAGGCCAAGGUGCCCGUGACACUCUCCAGGGUCCAGAGCGUGCAGCCUGGGACAGGCUCGGGGACCUGACCGGAACCAGAGUGGCGCGGAGCGGCAGGAGCUAGAGCAGUAGAAACAACCAACCAACAGCUUAGAACUACACACCUGCACAAACACACAUGCAGUAACACACUACUAAUACAUAGAAGAGCAUACACAUUGACACAUACACAUACACACACUCACACUCACACACAUACAGUACACGCAAACAUACAGUAAACACACACUCACUCUCACACACACACACACACACCCAAACAAAAUAAGCGCUGGCCACAGGAAAAACUUCCACCUUAUAGUUGCAUAUACAAGCUUUUCACUCAUAGUCUUGGAUACACACAUCUGAUCAUCCUUCACAUCAGUGGAA